ACUCAUAUACAGUGACUUCCGCCCUGAAAUAAAAAACAACGAUCUCAUCUAAGAAGCCUACGGAAGUAAUUUAAAUAUUGACGUACACGCCCACAUUACGAACACCGUAAACCGAACAUCGAAAGCGAUCGACAGACGACGACCAGUAGCGGAAUCGUGAACAUGUACAACACACCGAGUACUUCACAGCCAGACAGCAAUACUACGAAUAUGUUGAUCUCCAGUCACGACGAUACGCAAUUCAUCGUAGCAGAUGUAUUGUCGUCAAUGGCCUCCGGACUUAUACCCGCCGAUGCAAAGGAUUACACCGAAUCUGACGAUUUAAUGGAUAUAUCCACCUUAGCACCGUCACUACAAACCAACGCCACCACUUUCUCUACUUUGGCUGGCACUACGCCGACAGGCGCACCGAGCAAUAGCUCUUGGAUGUACAAUCAGAUCAACACUAUACCAAAUGACAAUUUUAUUCACGGCGGUGGUUUCACUCCACCGGUCAUCACCACUGCCAAUAAUAUGCCCGUCCUCAGCCAGGGCCUGGACAUGUCAUCCAGAUCGAGCAGUAGAAGUAACUGUUCCAGUCCAGCGUCUGUUGUGAGCGAAGGAUCGAGUUUGCUGGGAAAGACGAACCUCACGCUGACAGGGCCGCUGAGAAGACGAAUCAGUGACAAAGAGCUCGACCCAAGCGAAAGAGUUAAAAGGAAAGUUCGCCGUGAACGAAACAAGGUUGCUGCUGCCAAAUGCCGCCAGAAACGUGUCGACCAAACCAACACCCUUGUCGGUGAAACUGAAGAAUGGGAAGAAAAGAAUAGAAUUUUGCAAAAUGAAAUCGCUAAACUGGAAAAGCAGAAAGAACAGUUGCAGUUCCUAUUGCAGGCACACAAACCAAUGUGCAAAAUUGCCCAACACAGCCACUCGAUGCUCAACUGCCCUUCCACAGACUCAUAUCAAGCUGCCACUACAUUUGCCACUACUUUCUCCAAAUCAAGCAUUCUGCAAACCCCUACAACUGAAGUUGUAACGCCGACGUCGUCCAUGUUCACCUUUCCAUUGGAAUUGCCAAGCAGUUCACUGAUGAUGAACACAUCAUGCGGCAGCGAAGUGACUAAGGACAGUUAGCCCUCACAGUCUCUGAAAUCGGCCCAGAGCAAGUUUGGCAGCCAAUGACAUCACUCAACGCUAGAUCCAGGCGGUUGAUAUAAGUGGCGCACUGCUCCCUGCUGACUGAACAACUCACAGCGUAAAAAAACAAAUAUUAUGAGUACCCCCUUUGUGGUUAGUAUAAUUUUCUUCCAAAAACGUACAAAAAUAACCAGAAAACAAAUAUAUAUUGUACACUAUGCAUGUCUUAUUUCUGCAACUAACCAAAUAUGUAUUACGUUUAGUAAGGACCCUCUAAUCUGACGAUUUGCAAUUGCUGACGUCACAUGACAAUGCUAUAAAGUUACGUGACAUGUCUCAGGUUAAAGGUGAUUGCUAAGGGAACUUGAACUCACUGCCAUUUUGUGCAAUCAGUUUACUAAUUUUUUUCAGUGUAACUAAUUUAUGGGUGUGAUGAAAACUUUUAGUGUUUUUUUUAACUGAAGCAGAAAAACAGAAUUUGUGCGCAUUUUUUCAGAUAUUGCAUGGCGUAUGUUGCAUAAUGUAUUCGAAUCUGCCAGAAUAAACAGAACAGCAUUUUUUGUCUAUACAGAGAUUAUAAUUUAUUUUAUCAAAAAAAACAAUAGUUUAUAUUUCAUAUGCAUUUAUUUUACUAGUAUAUUGAGGUCUGGCACCUUUUUGUUUCACUUACUUGCUGUCAUUGUAUUGAAUUUAAUUACGGCGUAUAUCAUGUAAGCUGGUCUUCCAUUUUGUUUUAUUAAAUACGUUCGUUUUACAUGUUGAUAUAGCAAUGGUUUGUUUUUUUGUUAUUUCUCCGCUACUUCUCUGUAUACUAAUUUUUCAUGCGCAUGUGGGGGGGGGGGGGUGAUAAUACCACAGACCCAAAUGGGCUGAAACGCACGCUACAGUGUGUCACGAUUUGAAAUCUGACUAGGUUUACUAUUAUUGUCGGUUUCACACCACUGCGCAUUUUAUUUUGACAGAUCAUUUUUUUUUACUUUCAAGUUACACAACUACUUAAAGUUCUGUUACAUAUUACUUUUCUUGUUAAUUAAGUCCAAGUCACGUGGUUCUUUCAUAAUGCUUUGGAUGGUUUCCCGGUUGUAACUAUUCGGGUAUCGGUCUAAAUGACUUGUCGCCCGCAAUCCCAUCGGGAGCCUCCCAUUUAAGAGAAUGACGUUUAUAUAAUAAACUUUUAAUAUUAAAAUUUUCAAAAAAGUCCAAGCUUUCAUCCAAAUCGGAACCUAAGCGAAAGGCAGCUGAUGUUACACCAGAGUACAUUUCAAUGUUGAUGAAUUUUUAAAUGAAGACGAGAAAAAAGGGGCUUCCGAAAUUGAUUGUUUUCUUACUGUCACAUUGUUUUUAUACAUAUAUAACUUGAAAAUACACAGUGGUUGGUAAAUAAGUUAUUGAAUACGUCUUUGUUACAUUGAAUAUUAAUUAUUGUAAUUAGCACUUGAUGACGUCUGUUAAAUAUAUGUAAGUAAAUAAAUAAAUAACUGAGAUGUUACAAU